AUGGAUGAUUCGCCUGCCUACGUUAUUGCGAUGUUUCUCAAUCCCUCAAUACGAUUGUCAUGGAUUCGACGACACUGGGAGCCUAAUUACGUUGCCAGGGCCACCGUAAUUAUAAAAAAUACUAUGCGAAAAUACCAUGACCGUCUUCAUGGACAAGUUCAACAACCUACACCUGGUACAGCAGCCUCGCAGCAAGAGAGGCGAAGCUGGCAUGAUUUAGCUGGACAAUACGGGCUCGAAGAUAUGAUGGACGUUACAGGUGCUUCUUCGCAGCAGGUCCAAGGUGUUGAAGAACAAUUUGAGUUGUACGAAAGUGGGCCGCUCUCACCGCGUGGCACAGAUAUUGUAGGGUUUUGGGUGUUUUCGCUCAAGCAGCAACGGCUAAACUUUACGGAGGGAUGGGCUGUCACAGAAGACGAACUCGAGUACUACACAGAUGACAACGAAGAUUCAGUGGAUUUGUUAGGGAAGCUAACUUCAGAAAUUACGGAGGAUGGUAUAGAUAUUGAUGAGGUAAUUCACGUUAUUGGACAGGAUGACGAGGAUUGA